GCUUGAGGCGAUCUUAUUGAUUUGGGCGUGGGCUGCUGUGGGCUUUGGUCUACAGCAACCGGGCGUUCUGGAACAAUUUGCUGUCUACCUAUCAUCUGUCAAUCUGUGGUGUCCCACGUGGUCAAGGGCGGUCUUAUCUGGAGUUGAAUGUGCAACUUUUAAUGAGGCAAACAAUUGCAUGCGCUUCAGUGCUUGUUGCACUUAGUCGGCGCAAGACAUAGACAGUCAACCUUGUAACGCAGCAAGCAACACGUCAAGAGGCACCUCCUUACCCCUUUGGGAUCCGCAUCGCACGCAUCUGUUCGCGGCGUGGACCAGUUGCACACCUCCUGUUCCAAUACCAGAACAUUAAAAGCCUGUGGAGGGAUGAUGUGGCUGUGUCACACCCGUCCAUUUUAGUCCACGGAGGCUGUUAAGGAGUAUCACCACCCAGACGCGUAAUUCCCAUUCCGUCCACUUUUUCAACUUCUAAAACAGGGAUUUCAGCAUGGAUUCCUUGCACGACUCUGCCGGGGACAGCAAGUCGUCUGUAUGUCAGUGCGCACCCAAGCCCACCGUCCACCGGUGGUCUCCCGGGCUCGCCGUGGCCGUGUGCGUGCUCAUGUCCCUGAGCUCAAUCAGCGUGUGUCUGCUGAUGAGCUUCAAGACUCUCCAGUUGGAGCAGAGACUGAAGAUGGAACUGGACCGAGCGACUCAAUUCAACCCGGCGCACGGGAGUUUCUUCGACGAGGAUGGCAGUCUGGUUCCGGAGCUGAGCACCUCCGUGGGGAAGCUAGUGGAAGAGAAAGUCAUGGUGCUGAUGCCAAAAAGCAGAACAACUCGAGAUGUUGGGCAAGAAUGUGCCUGUCCUCCAGCCGCUGUGAAAAAUCAAGUGCAGCAAAUUAACUCGGAGCUUGCCAUCAUUCCCGGAUCCUUGACGAAGGAACUCCAACCGCUGGACAUAAGUGUAAACAGGGCGUUCAAAGUGAAGUUGGAAGCGGCGUAGGAGCGAUGGAUGACAGAUGGCGAACACAGCUUUACUAAGACUACGAGGCAACACCGGGCGAGUUACGCCACCAAAUGUGAAUGGAUUGUGGAUGCUUUGGCUAAGGUAUCUGCGUUGACUGUCGGUGAAAGGCGCAUAGUGCGAAGAGGUCGGCAACUUUCUGCCGAGUCAAUCGCUACAGACUUCCAAACUUCAUGGGGCCUUCAGAUUAGCUCAAGAACAGUGCACAGAGAGGUUCAUGGAAUGGGUUUCCAUGGCCAAGCAGCUGCAUCCAAGCCAAACAUCACCAAGUGCAAUGCAAAGUGUCGGUGCAUUGGUGUAAAGCACACCACCACUGGAUUCUAGAGCAGUGGAGACGUGUUCUAUGGAGUGACGAAUCUCUCUUCUCCAUCUGGCUGAUGGACGAGUCUGGGUUUGGUGGUUUCCAGGAGAAUGGCACUUGUCUGACAGCAUUGUGCCUAGUGUAAAGUUUGGUGGAGGGGGGAUUAUGGUGUGGGGUUGUUUUUAUGGAGCAGGACUUGGUCCCUUUGUUCAAGUGAAAGGAAUUCUGAAUGCUUCAGCAUACAAAGAGAUUUUGGACAAUUCCAUGCUCCCAACUUUGUGGGAACAGUUUGGAGCUGGCCCCUACUUCUUCCAAUAUGCACAAAGAAAGGUCCAUGAAGACAUGGGUGACAGAGUUUGGUGUGGGUGACCUUGACUAGCCUGCCAGUCCUGACCUCAACCUGAUGGAACACCUUCGGGAUGAAUUGGAGUGGAGAGUGAGAGCCAGGCCUUCUUGUCUGACGUCAGUGUGUGCCCUCACAAAUGCACUUCUGGAAGAAUGGUCAAACAUCCCAAUGAACACACUCCAAAACCUUGUAGACAGCCUUCCCAGAAGAGUUGAAGCUGUUAUAUCUGCAAAGGGUGGACCAACGUCAUAUUGACCACUAUGGAUUAGGAAUGGGAUGCCACUUAAUUUCAUAUCCGAGUCAAGGCAGGUGAGAGAAUCCUUUUGGCAAUGUCGUGUAAUUAUCUAAUUGCGCGGAGCCGAAUUGGCUGUGUGAACACUUCUGUAAGUUCUGUGUGGAAGAAGGGGAAAAGAAUUCAGAAUGAAAGUAGCUUCCACGAGGUCACUUUACUGCUUCAGAUGGUACGUUGGCUGCUUUCAGGGCAAUGAAAAUGAUGUGCUUAUCUUGAUUAUUUUUUGCUGUAUUUUGAAUAUUGGAACGCUUUCUCGCGUGUAAUUGCAGUUUAUGUGCAGACAAUGAAGGGACCGCUUGAACAGUUGAGGAUAUUCAUAUUGGAGAUGUUUCUGGUGGUGUCUCUGUCUCGGAAGUUGUUUUGGACACAAGUGUGUUUUUGUAAGGGUUGAUCAAAUUCCAACUAACCUGUUAGCUGCAACUGAAUAAUAGUGUUACAGACUUAAAACCCACACAGCCGCCAAGAAACAUCUGCUGCAUAUAACCGUAAUGGUAAACAUGAAGUUGCAGUUGCAGGUAUGACCCUAAUGUGUUCCUAAAUUACAAAAUGUAUAUGUUUCAGGAAUAACAGUUUUCAUAUGGACGCACAUGCACACAAACCAUAUCCAGAACCCAAAGCCCCUCGGCCUCUCAUCAGCAGUCUUAUUAAAGUUUGCGUCGUGCAUUUAAUAGUCAGGCCGACAUUUUUGAAAAAUAAACAGUCAGAACCAAACCGGCCGUUCCGCAGCCUGCGAAAGGCCUCAAGGGCCCACAAGAAACGCACAAAGGAGCAAAGGGCUGAGCAUCCAGUCGGGAAGUCUGGAUGUGUCCCCCCUCACACACACAAACACACACAAAGUCAUGAUCAUAGUAUGGUUAGGACACUUUCACAUCAUCUGCUGGAUGCAUUACUAUCCAAUGAUUUUAUAAAAAAAAUUAAAAAAAUAUUUGUUUUCUGUUUUGGCUUGGUGCUAUGGCAGACAGUGAAGUCAUUUAUUUAUCAUUCAAGUACUGAGGGGUGUUUUAAUUUUGGUUUAUUAAGGUAAGUUAGAAAAUAAAAAUAUUAGGAAUGCUUCUUAUACAAAGCGGUUUGGCACUUUUUUUCACAUUUGAUUAAAAUCCCUUGAUUGACUAUGUGGAAAUUGGUGCUAUAGUAACUGAUUUCUUUUUAAUCUGUUUAUUUUUAAUGGUAUCCGAGAUACUUUUUGUAAUUGUUUGGAACGCCUUUUUCAAUGCCAGCUAAUUUUACAUUGCACAGUAAUGUUGCCCGGAGGAUUUGUGCCAUAGCAUUGCAGACAAGUAGUGCACUGUUUUUUGUUUAAGUUGCCGUAUUUAAUCCACUUGCACUUAAUGCAAACCUCCAUCUGCGCUUUGGAUCUCCGAGACCUCAAAGCUGACGGAUAAUGACGGACAGGGACUCUUAAAUGAGGGGAGAGCGCGCCGUUCCUGUCAAGAUGCUUGUUGCUACUCUGAAUUUAAAGAAAAAAAACAAAAAAAACUACUACGUCUGUUACAAUACAUUUCCUUUCAACCCCCUUUUUAAAAAAAAAAAUAAAAUAAAAAUAAUAAUUAAAAAAAAAGAGAAAUUUUAAAUGUGGGUGCCCCAAAAUGUUUCCCCUGAGAAUACGUGAGAAAGGCGGGCCUCUCUUGAGCAGUGCUGAGCAGACACUUUGUGAAUAUGGAAACUCUUUGGAAGAUGUCUUUAAUUAUCACAAGUGGCAGGUGACAAGUUAAACAGCGAAACAAAUGUGGAACACAGCCACUGACCCUCUUGCUGCUUGAUGCCAUUGUAAGGUCACACAGUCAUCUGCUUUACUGCUCAUAACUUCUUUAAAUUUACAGCCAGUCUGAACUGUAAAAAUCAAGUUUCUGCACUUUGGUGCAAUGCAGACAAUCCUUCAACAUAGUUGCAAAGCACCCAAACAGCCUUUGAGGUAAAUUCCGUCAUCUGUUAAAAUGUCCAACACGGAGCGUACGCAUGGAAAUGCAUUUCAUAUCAGGCCUUUGGGGUUUAUUUACAAUCUAUUUAGUGCAUUAGGAAUGUAGUGCAUCUGAGUCCAGCUGCACUACGGGCCUCAGAUGGCUUUACCGGACAGAUAAGAAGCAGUGAUGUGAAAACAAAAAGGCAGAUUUGGAGCACAGGUCGUCAUUCAUCCCUUCAUCUCUCCUGGAGUGGCAACUUCUCAGGAUAUUUGUCUUUUGGAGCUACGAGUUGCUGGAAGUGUGAAGGUUGGCGAUCCAGAUGUCGCCCCCCUCCGCCCCCUGACCAACGUCGGUGCUGCUGUGCAAUGUGAAAGCCCCCCCCCCAUCACCUUCCCCCUUUAGCCCAACUGGCUUGUCACUCUACCCGCUCCUCUUUAAUGAGAGUAGCCCUCAUAAAAAUGAUGCGGAGACCUUUGAACGAGCCCUCAGCAUCACUGCUCUGUGUUGUUUUGCCCUAAGAGCAAGGAGGAAUUGGGGCUAGGAUGACUCUCAACAACUUAAUACCAGUGUAUGGGAAGGAGGGUUCAUGUUUGUGUGGUG